CAAAGAAGGAUUCCCCACGUACGUACGACACAUCCCCCACCCUCUUGCACAGGAGCCGCCAUGGGACAUAAGGAGGAGGGCAGUCCACGACCCCUGGCUGCCGAUCGUUCCAGCAGCGAAAACGACGAUGCCGCCACAUACCCACACAAAUCCCGGCAUACAAAUUGCGACAAAUAUUGUUGCCGCAUCACAAUCUGCAUGCUAAUCGCAAAUGUUCUAGCCAUAAUCCUGACGUUCACUGUCUUCCACAUCGAAGACCCUGUUGUCGAAAUAAAUGUGGUCCGGGUCACUAAGGUGGAGCUAAUGUACGGAACCAUCCCUAAGCCCGGGACGAACUUGUCGAUGACAGCCGACGUGUCCGUGAGAAAUCCAAACGUGCUGUUAUUAUUUGUAUACGGUAACACUACCACGACUUUGUAUUACCACGACAUAGUGAUCGGAGAGGCCCAAGGGCCGGCCGGGCGUGCCGGGCCGAGGCGGACGGCGAGAACGAAUAUAACGGUGGAUGUUAGCAUGGACCGGCUUAUCUCCUACCCGAAUGUGAACGAGGAUAUGAGCUCGGGGCUAUUGACUCUGAGCAGCUAUUCAAGGAUUCCAGGUGGGCGAGUUGAGUUGUUUAAGGGUUUUAAGAAACGUAUUAAUAUUCUGAGUAUGAAUUGCACCAUCACAUUUAAUAUUUCAACCCAAGCGAUUGAAGAACAGAAAUGCAAGCCCUAGGGCAUGGUUGCUUAUCACUGGGAGUAAAAUUUCGACUUUGCCUUUCUUUUUC